AGUCGAUUCUCUAUGACAUUUUCGUGGCACUUUUUCUAGGCCUAUAAUAUAAGGCUUAUAGCUUCAAUAAAUUUAUGUAGCUCUAUGUGUUCUCUUUGGUUUCCAACUUUAGCAAAUAAAAACCAAAAUUAGUUUCACAGGCGAAUUUCACCUAACCAGUACUAAGCAUUUGCGGUGUCUCUAUUCUGAUGACUCAAAGUCUAAAUGAAGAGCUUCAUUCAGGAAAAUCUGAGUACCAAUUUUUUACCCGUUCCAUAAUUUGCAGUCAAGGCCAGAAAAGGUCUUUUUGAAUCGAUAUUCGAUUUCUGGAAUCUAAUUAGGUUUUUCGAAUUACAGAAAUAAUUCCUUACUCGAAACAUCGAACUGACGUCGUUCGGUGUAGGCACGUAAUUAAACGUUAUCGUUGAAAGAGAUGAAGAAACGCAAUGAAGCUUAUCAUGGAAGAUACAAACAGUUUGGCAAUUGUACCUGAUGAUGUGUUGUUAGGGAUAUUCGCCUUUCUUUCGCUUAAAGAUCGAUGCAUUUCCCAAAGAACUGCUCGAAGAUGGCAGAUACUAAUGGAAGAUGCGUCUUUAUGGCAAAGUAUAAAUAUUUCGAAAGAGAGGAGUUUACGCCGAAGAAUAACAAACCGAGCUUUUAGAUCGCUUCUUGGGAAGUAUGGAAACAGUAUUAAAAAAAUUAAUGUAAAGGGAUGCGCUCGACUAACUGAUGACUCCUUGACAGCCAUUGCGAGGUACUGUCGAAAUUUAGAGACGCUGAACGUAAAGGGUUGUUUUCGUAUGACGCACUACGGGCUUACGCGCGUCGCCGUUAAAUGUGCGAGAAUUCAAGCAAUCAGUCUAUUUAUGACCGGCGCUAAAGAACAGACAUGCCACGCUUUUCUACUUCGUGGAAUAUUGAAUAGUAUUGAACUUCCAGACCACAUACACUGUGGAAGGUUGCUGCAUGAGUUGAUAAACAGGUGUGGAAAACUCAAAGUUCUCAGCGUGCACGAUGUAAUGCCAUUUGCUGACGAUAACGAAGCAACAAUAACUAAUAGAGACUUGAUUUCUCUAUCAAAAAGGUUCCCAAUGAUAGAAAAACUUCGUUUGGACUGGUGUUGCAACUUAACAGAUGCAGGUCUAAAUUCCUUGGCAGAAGUCUGUGUUCAACUAAAGAAAAUUCAUUUACGGGAAUGCCACGAAAUCUCUAGAGAGGGCAUAGUAGCCAUAAUUACUAAAUGCAAAAAUCUUGAAAAUCUCAUUCUCGAGCAUCUGUUUUUCAGACGAGGCCGCAUCACUAUGCAAAUUACUACAGGGUUAUCAAUGCUAAAGAAACUGAAAAUUUCCGAUGUUUCAUUUGCAGAAGAUGACCUCGUGAGCAUACUAGCCCUGCCCAGUAAACUCGAAUGUGCUUUCCUUGAGGAUACAACAUUUAUGCGGCAAAAAGUCUCUGAUGACGUAUUAAAAACAUUGGCAGCGAAAUGCAAGGGCCUAAAACAUCUGCGAAUGGACACCAUGCUCGAUAUCCGGAGUGUGAUGGACCAUGUAUGUAAGAUGAAGCGACUGGAACAGCUCUUUGUAUGCUGCACGGAUGACAGCGGUCCAUUCGAUCAAGACCUUCUUGUGACGUCAUGUGUUCGUCUACAGACUGCAGAGUUUCGGUACCGGAACAAAAUUCUGGAGAUGCGAAAUAGGUCCGAUUGGUCAGUGCAGAAAAGGUCCCAUGUGUUUUUCAAAGACGACGAAUAAAGCAAAGGAAACUUUUCUUGCUAAAAGAAAACCUCUAUUUCGUUACAAUUUGAUAGCAACACGUAAACAUGUAAAUGUUCAGACGUUACAAAGACGAACAUGGACUGACAUCAAGUUACGUGAUACACAAUUAUUUAUAAAUGCAAAAACAAGAUAGGAGAUAGUGAGAGAAUAUUUUGGGAAGUGAUACGACCAGGGCAGGACAACUGCACUCUCAGUUUAUUCACACAAAUCCUGAAAGACUUUGACAACGAACAAGAUAUGAAGCACGGUACUUGAAGGGCAGGCCUUCCUUAAAACAGCAUGAAAGCUUGCAUGCACCACAAACUUAGUUUCUGACUCCUUAAAUAAAGCGAACAAUAAAAAUCUUUCUGGCAGAAUCCCUGAAAAUUAAUGGUUCGGUUGAAUAAAUUUCAUCGUUUCAUAAGAAGGCUCAACACAGAGAAACGCAGAUCACAUAUAUGUAUAAUCCAUUCAAAGCGAACACCAGUUGGAAAUGAAAAGAGCCAGAUUUCAUUAACGGAGCAAUAAUUGAAAAUCUUAAUUUAUUAAAAAGAAGAUCUGCAGGAGGAAUGAAAACUUUUUAUUGGAAAUAUUGAUAUGACGUUCCGUUUCAGAGCUUUUGAAAAUUUCCAAUUGAAGAUGAGGGUGCCGUUUUGUUUGCAAAAAGACCUUAACACAAAGGAGAAAAACAGUAUUUCUUGAAAAAACAGGCUAUAAAACAUAUUUGCAGUAGACGCCAUUUGGUGUAUAGAACAAAACAGCUUGCUACUCCAAGUUUCACGCUUUAUGCGACCAUCAGGCAACUUAAUAGCGUGCAAAGCCCUGUCUGUUCGGCAUUGAGCACUUUAUGACA